AGUAAGGAAAAAACGAGUUCGAUAUUAACAGAUUAGUUUACAUACUAUUUACUAGAUACUUAUGUAUGAGUUAGUGACUAGGAAACAUAAAAAACACCAAGAACUAAAUUUUUGGAACUGAUAAGGUUUCUCAAUCUCUCCGUACUUCGUUUCGCGUGCAUUCUAGUCUUUCGCACAAGCAAAAACAAGAACUAUUCAUUUUUAAAUCUUCGAUUGAGACCAUGGUCUAACGACUUAUAUAUGGCACUACCUGACGAAAUUUCACGCAUACCGGCUUUAGACGUUAAACGCGCUAGACAAAGUGGGAAAAAAAAUCAAAAAAAUUCGUUGCUUUUAUUUCUUUAACAGAUAAUAAUCGAAAGUAUUGCGGUUAAAUGCUCAAAACAGUUGUAGAAAGAUAAGAUUAAUUCAAAAUGACGAACCACCUACUCUUCCUGUGCAACAUCACCACCACCACAGCGGUGAUCUACAGCAUUAAUACGGCAUUCUUUGUCCUCUUAGCCGCGGCGGCUUAUUGGAUUUACUCCACAUGGCGUGUGAAUAGUCCGCCGAGUAAGUGGCGUCGCGUAGGUGUUGUGCAAAAAAUUAAUAUCUAUCCAUUAAAAUCCGCCGCGCCACUCGAGUUGAACGCAGAAGAUGAAGUCACCUGCGAUUUGUUGGGUCUGCGCUUCAAUGCCGCACACGAUCGUUCGCUGAUGUUGGUCGGUGAUCAAAAUCAAAUGAUUUCCGGUCGACAAUAUCCCAAAAUGGUUAUGGUGCACACUAAAGUGGUAUCGCCAACAAGUGUACUCUUCACCGCACCCGGCAUGGCGGAUCUUGAGUUGGACUACUCGCAUUUGCUGGAACAGUCACAGGAUCGCGGUGUAUACACUUCAAUUUUCGGCGCCAAAAUCAAAGCGCUACUUUGCGGUGAACGUUACGAUAAAUGGUUUUCGCAAUUCUUACUCGGCUCAGAGAAUGGCAUGCGCUUAGCUUAUUAUCCAUACCGCAAACCUGUGCGUGCAAUCAACUUGCGUAUGAUAAAUCAGCCAUUAGUGACUUGUGAUGACACGGGCACCUUCAAUAAUGCCACCAGCUACAUGCUCAUCAAUUUGGCUUCGGUGAAAGACUUGAAUACACGCAUACCACAUCCGGCGCAUCCAUUGCAGUUUCGUGGCAGUUUUCAGCUACAAAUGGACGAAGAAAUGCCGUAUGCGGAGGAUAAUUGGAAGUGGGUGCGAAUUGGUGAGAAAACGAUAUUUCGUGUGCUUGCUCCAUGUACGCGCUGUAUUUUCCCCACAACUAAUAUAUUCACCGGCGAGCGUGACCCCGAUGGCGAACCGCUGAAGACGCUAAACAAGUAUCGGCGCUGGCCUCAUCAAACCGGUCCAUCUCUAGGCAUACAAAUGGGCUUGCGUCAGUCUGGCACAGUGAAGGCUGGAGAUGUCAUUUACAUCGAGGACGAAUAAGAAAAUAUUUUUCAUA